CCCCAUUCGUCAUCAGUUCUUAGUAGGACGAUUAAACUGAAAGCUUUAUCAGUUUGUCUCUGAAACAGUGACCAUGCCACUAAGAAUAGCUGUGGCUCAGGCUUGGGCCGUCGCCUUGGAGCUGUACACCACAAACACCAUGCCUGGCUGGAGGAACAAAUUGUGUCUCUUUGUCCUUUGUUUCUUCUUGGGUCUGGUUUUUGGUGGCCUCCUCUUUUUGGGAUUGCAUCUGUCAUUAGGGUACACUUCUCUUGUGUCCUUAUACAUUGCAUCUGCCAUGACAGUAUUAGUGACUGCCAUUUUGUUUUUUUUUAAACGAGUAAGGUGCUUCAGUAUGCUUUUCCUUGUUUCCUGUGGAAUGCAGCAAGGUAGAAAUAUCCUCAUCACAGCCGGGACAGGCGUAGUGAUUUUAUCGAAUGUCAGAAACACCUUCAACAACCUUAAUGGCCUGGCUAAGAGUAUAAUAUGCAACCAGGAAGCAAAGAAAUUAUCCAUUGAAACUACUCCUAUUGACAAAUAUGUUGGAGUGAUUAAAUGGAUUUACGAUCAAACAAAAGUGUUUAGUAAUCUGUUGGACCUUGUUACGUUUACACCUGAGUUUCAUAUCGACCAUAAAAUUUCUACACACAACUUGAAUGAAAAACUACAAAAAGCUGAGCAGCAGUUAAAAGAGGUUUCUGAAAAUGUAUCUCAAAUAAUGGACAGAGUGUCCUCCAUCGCUCAAAAGAUUCUACCAGCGCUGGGUGUUUUGUUAGUUCUGAUCGGCACAGUGUUUUACAUCCGAAAAUACUACUUCAGUAAGACGUUUGAGAACACAUUCAUCACACCGCGGUUUAUCCGGUUUGAUAAGAAACAAAAGGCAGAUGGAAAGCCCCACAUCCUUCCACUCACCAAGAAGGAGAGAAAAAAGUAUGUCACCAUUCCCUCGCCCCGCUUAUCGGUCAACGAAGGGAAGCACAUGGGGAUGUUUCUCAUUCCUGUUCUAACUCACACUUUUGCCUGGGCUUUUUUCAUGGGGGUUGAUGCUCUUCUCUACUGGCUGAUUUUAACAAUAAGCAAACACCUCGAGGGCGUGCCUCCAAUUAUGGUUGCUUUGAGGAUGUCAAUAGAUAAGGAAAACCGAGUAUUUGGUAUCAUUCCUGAAGCUUCCAGUUAUCAGAGUGAGGAUUUCUCAUACAAUGUGACUUUGUUUGAAAAAAAAUGUAUCCCAAAACCAACGCUUUUAAUCCAGAAGUCAUUAGUCCCACUCAUUUCAAUAAUUCUCAUUUUAAUGCUGCUCGGGUUGAUGUCUGCCAAGUUAAUGGAGCUGAAACUACUGGUGGUAUCAUCAUUUUACCCUGGCAAUGAAGAUGAGCGCAUUGAAUACUUGCAUGCCAAAAUACUCAAGAAAAGAUCCAAAAAGAAGUUGAAACCUCUUAAAAGCAGAUUGAUUGUUUUCGCCAAAAAGCUGGAUUUCUGGUUUCCUGUUUUCUCCUUCUUUCGGAAGCAAAAGGAUGGCAGGAACACAUUGGAAUUAGACUGACUUAAUUACACUUUUCAGCAUUCAUGAAAGAAAACAAGGCUUUUGAGGGUGUGAUGAUUUGAAGAGCAUUACUGCUGUUCCUUAGCAACAUAUUCGUAUUAUUAUUACAGGAAAGCUUGACAUAGAAUUAUAUUUUACAUAUGCAAUCUGCCUGUCAUUAAUCAUCUGAUAGUUAAGUUAUUUGAGUAAUACAUUUUCUAUUUUGUAUGUCAAAGUACAGUAUGCAGAAGCAUGUAUGUCAAGAAUAUUUUUUAUAUGGUACUAAUGCUUCAUUAUUUCUAUAUGUAUGGCUUCUGCAGCUAUUUGUACAGAGGUGUAAAGAAAUGUUUAAGCAGUUACUUUUGAAAAUGCAAUCAACAUGCAGGGAAGUUGCUGGUCAUAGACCUAUAUUAACUGCAUAAUCUAUCAGAUAUAUAUUAACUGCAUAAUCUGUCAGAUACUCAAUAGCAAAGAAUUACAGACCAAAAUGUCUAUCGGUUCUGUAAAAUUAGGAUUGUCCUGCAUUAAUAAAAUUAAUAAAAGUAAUUAUUAAAAAUGUAUGCUUUUAAAAUUAAUAUUUAA